GAUUGGGCGGCGUGGCGCAAUGGGCGCGAUCCUUUAAGAUACCAAGCCAUCCGCAGUUCUGACCCUUUCCUCUCCUUACUCCCGCUGGUAAAUCGAAGCCCAGGAGACUUCCGGGCUUGGGCAUCUGCAGAGGGCGAGAAACUGGUCGCAGCGCCGGGUGGGCUUGCAACUGUGACGUUUAUGCGGACACCUCAGACUCGCUUGUACGUUGAGGUGCACGCACCUCAUUCACCUCGGCUUCCCAGUUGAUAGCACUGACGUCAACAAAUAAAUGUUGAAUUAGGAAGAAUAAAGAACUGGAAUUGCUGCAAGUCCUCUGGACUUCUUUUAGCAGUAGUCCCACCCACUCUCUUCUACUUCCAGGUCAGGGGGCGUGUCCAGAAGAAAGGCGGAAUCCAAUUUGCCCGGCGUUCUCACACUCGCCACGAUUCCUGAGUAGGGCCUUGCCUGGCUUUUUCGGGAAGUCUCCUUAUCCCGGCAUCGCCUCUUUAGGAAGUCACUUAAUAUUUGGCUUCAUUAUUCCCACAUCGCCUUCCUACGUAGUUUCCUGCACUUCUAACGAAAAAGAUUGCAGAAAGGAGAGGUGGGGCUGUGAGUCGAAAUCAGCAAACCGCAGGUCCUUGUGGCGUGCAUCCUCCAGGAGAAGGGUAAUUUCCUUCCUUUUUAAAUUGGCUAUUAGAAUCCGUUAUUUUGCUCCCAAUCCCAGAGCUUCAGUUUCUCCUUCACUUCCCAAUUCCACAAGAACCCUGGGCGACAGUUAUGGAGAAGCGUCUGCAGGAGGCUCAGCUGUACAAGGAGGAAGGGAACCAGCGCUACCGGGAAGGGAAGUACCGAGAUGCUGUGAGUAGGUAUCAUCGAGCUCUGCUUCAGCUGCGGGGUCUGGAUCCAAGUCUGCCCUCUCCGAUACCUAAUCUCGGACCUCAGGGCCCCGCCCUCACCCCUGAACAAGAAAACGUACUGCAUACCACCCAGACAGACUGCUACAACAAUCUAGCUGCCUGUCUCCUUCAGAUGGAGCCAGUGAACUAUGAACGAGUGAGAGAAUAUAGUCAGAAAGUCCUGGAACGACAACCUGAUAAUGCCAAGGCCUUGUAUCGGGCAGGAGUGGCCUUUUUCCAUCUACAGGACUAUGACCAGGCCCGGCACUACCUCCUGGCUGCCAUCAAUAGGCAGCCUAAAGAUGCCAACGUCCGGCGGUACCUCCAGCUAACACAGUCAGAACUCAGCAGCUACCAUAGAAAAGAGAAGCAACUGUACCUGGGCAUGUUUGGUUAACAAAGAAGAAAGACGUUCCUCCACUUGAACUUAGGUGGGCCAUUAAACAUGCAUCAAGGAGAAACCUGAGCCUCAGCAAGAGAAAUUUAGCCUAUACCUCUGACCCAGGUGGAUUUCUGUUUCUAGCUCUGUACAAACUAUACUACUUAGACAGUCUGAGUCCUUUUCUGUCUGUCCAUCUUUGUAUUUCUGUAGCUUUCAAUACAUGUUGUUGUUGGGACUGUUUGCCUUGAGAAAUACAAUCAGAAAACAU